AUGGUUAACAGAGAGUUCCACUCAUCUGCCAAUGACACCCAACUCUACGUCAGCACAAAACCUUCUGCCCAGCCCCUCCACGCCUUCAUCACCUCACGCAUGGACUACUGCAACAGAGUCCUGUCCAGGGUUUCCAUCAAAACCCUGGACAGGCUCCAGUAUAUCCAGAGCUCUGCUGCUAGGGUCCUUACCCACACAAAGCCUGGCAGAACUUCACCCCUACCCUCCAUCACUUUCACUGGCUUCCAGUCCCGCAUCACAUAUAAACUCCUCCUCGUCACCUACAAGUCCCUCCAUGCCCUUUCCCCUCAAUACCUCAUAGGUCUCCUCCACCCAUACAUCCUGUCCUGUACUCUGCGAUCCUCAGACUCCGCCUGCUUUCCAUUCCCCAUUCACGCCUCCGCACUUUCUGGGACCCCUGCAGUAUACAGAGGCGUGGGCCCCCCAGGUGCUCAGGUGUCUCUGGAGCAGCAGGCCUACAUGCUGCUGACGGAGCCAGAGAGGCAGACCAUGGUCUACUACCUGCAGGAGUACCAGGAGGGACACAUAGGAGUGGAGCCGCUGACCAUGGCUCUCUGUGAGCUUUUUAACACACAUGCAAAGCUGUCCAUGCUGGCAGACGUGAGAAGUCUGGUGGCUCCCCUGGACCUGGAGCUGUACGACAGGUUGGUGUUGCAUCGUGAGAGAGAAGCCCACCAGGCCUGGCAUGGAGGUCCAGGUGUCCUGCAUCCUCAGGGCUACUGCAACCAGAAUGCAGGACACGGCCACCCUGCUAUG